GUUUCGUCGAAACAUCCCAUCCCAACAUAUCAGAUCAAUUCAUCAAUGACAGGUGUCUGGUUUUAAUCUAGAGAUGCGCCUCGAACUCAAGGCAGAAACAGCUUCAGUUGGUGGCACAAAUUUCAAUCCCGUCCAUGUCAAAUGCACCUCGAGAUGCGUGCCGAUCCCUGCACUAUCCAGACAGGACAAACAAGCGGCGCCAGGCCUGUCAGUGUAGCUAUGCAGUCAUCCUCAUCGCCAACUGCGCCCAAGGCUGAAAAUGCAUUCAGCCUUGAGCCCCUUUGCCGCCCACAAUCCUUUUUCGUUUUCGCAAAAUAACACAAUUCAUCUUCAUCUUCACCUUCAGGCCUUCCAUGCCUUUCCCCCUCCCAUCUCGCCAUGAAUGGCCAACAUCAGCAUCGCCCAUCGAGACGUGAUGAGUUCGACAUUGCCAUCAUCUGCGCCCUAUCGCUCGAAACAAACGCGGUUCUCUGCUCUCUGGACGAAUACUGGCCCGACGCGCAGCAUCAGUAUGGCAAAGUUUCCGGCGACGCAAACAUCUACGCCUUUGGACGCUGCGGUCGACACGCCGUGGUUGUAGUAACACUACCGCGGAUGGGGAAAUCGCAUGCAGCAAGCGCGGCUAGCACCUUGAAAGUCAGCUUCAAAAACAUCAAGCUCGCGCUCCUCGUGGGGAUCUGCGGCGCUGUUCCGUUCAAAGCCGACCGGACGGAAAUUAUUCUUGGCGAUGUUAUCAUCAGCGAGAUGCUGGUUGAGUUUGAUUUCGGGCGCGAGCACGAGGAUGGCUUUGAGAGGCGGCGGGACACUAUGUUUGAGGCUCCGAGGCCGCCAGAGGAGGUUGCUGGUCUCCUGAAUCAAUUGAGGACCCCCUUCAUAUUGAAUCAAUUGCAGAACGGACUAGCUCAGCACCUCGAGGGCCUCAUGCGAUCUCCGCAGAUAAGAACGACUUAUCCUGUGUUGUCGCAAGACAAGCUUUACGAGUCCUCAUACAUCCAUAAACACCAGUCUGAUUGCUAUGGGUGCAGCGCACAGGACGCAGUAUGUAAAGCGGCGCAGGACGCCUCCUGCGAGCAACUGGGUUGUGACAGGAACCGUCUUGUACCGCGAUCGCGACUGCCCAUGGCGUCAGCAGACCAAGGACCAACUCAUCGCGUCCAUUUCGGCUCUAUCGGCACUGCGGAUACUGUGAUGAGAUCCGCGAAACGCAGGGACGCGCUUGCCAGAAAAGAAGGAAUCAUAGCUUUCGAGAUGGAAGGGGCAGGAGUGUGGACCAAGUUCAAUUGCCUCAUCAUCAAGGGCGUUUGUGACUAUGCGGACAGCCACAAGAACAAAGAUUGGCAGGGCUAUGCGGCUGCGGUAGCUGCCUCUGCUGCAAAGGAGGUUCUGGCAAAUUAUGCGCCUCCAGACAGGCCAUCGCCGCCAGAAACUCCGGAUGUGCGCUCCAACACGUCGCGUCGAAGUUCGGGUUCUUCGCGGACCCUCUCUGAUAUAUCUCCCUUCUAUGUUGUUGACGAGGCUCUUCCCAAGACAAUCUUCGACGAGGUUCUGAAGGACUUUGAGAAGCGCUUUGAGAUGGAUCAAGUAGAGCGCUUUCGAGCAACCGAUGUUCUCGCAUUGAAAAGAGAAUUAGCAAGAAUCCAACGAGCCCAGCAAAAGAACAAAAAGCUGCGAAAUCUUCGACGACUUGAAAGUUUCAUCGAGAAGUUUGAGCAGUUCGGACGUGUCCUUGACGAUAUCCUAGUGGAAUCCGUGCACAUGAAUUUCAUUUGGGGUCCCGUAAAGGCUUUGCUCAAGAUUGCUAGACGUCAUUCGGACCCGAUCCAUAUCGAUAGACGUCAUUCGGACCUGAUCCAGAUCCCUAGAGGUCAUCCGGAGCUUCUCGACGCGCUCCUGUCGGCUUACGAAAAGAUUGGUGAUGAGCUGCCAACUCUCGGGGAUAAAUAUAAAAUCUUCAAGUACCACCUAGGCUUGCAGCGGAUAUUAGCGAGACUAUUCAUUGAUAUAAUGGAUUUCCAUCACAACGCACUGGACUUGUAUUCUGGCCGAGCACUGAAAACAAUCUUCAAGCCCCUCUGGCAAGAUUUCGAGCCGAUGUUUGAGGGUAUCCUCAACCGUAUGAGGGCGCAUAAGCGGCUAAUCGAAGACAAGACACGAGUAAUGUAUACCCACCAAGGCCAACAUGAGCUAGACGCCCAAGAGAUCCGCGAGCACCUACGGCAGCUGGAGAAAGAUGCGCUCGAACUCAAAAGUCAAGAAGAGGAGCGAAAAGAAGCGAGGUACUCUGAAGUAAAAGACUGGAUAGCAGGCGCAGAAACCGAGACCAAGCAUAAUGCUAUCUGCAACGACCGCAACCACUAUCCUGGCAGUGGUGCUUGGAUCCUGGACAACGGCAAGGUCAAGGACUGGUUGUCUCCUGAUUCCGAUCAAUCGGUCAGCUCUAUACUGUGGAUCCACGGACGUCCUGGAACAGGUAAAACGUACCUUGCGUCCGUCUUGAUUGAGGAGUGCAAAAAGGAUGAAGGAGCGGUUACUUCUUACUUUUACUGCGACGAGGCUGAGUUGAAAACCUCUGCCAUUGCCGUGGUCCGCGGCAUUCUUGCACAGCUCGUCCACCAGCACCGGGAGCUGGUCCCCUACUGUCGUUCCAAGUGGAAGAACUCCCGCAUCCCAACCCUGACAGAUCUAUCUGUCGCAAGCACUCUAUUAGAGACAUUCUGUGAACGGAUCCCGCGCCUAUACAUGGUCGUCGACGGCCUUGACGAAUGCGAAAAUGGACGGAAAGACUUGCUGGAGACUUUCAAGAACCUGAUCAACAAGAGCGACAGGCUCUCGCCUGGAAAGCUGCGCGUUCUCUUCUUGAGCCGACCAAUGUCUGAGAUUAAGAAUGCGGUUCCGGAGGCUGCUAUUCUUCCUCUGGGACCGGAGCACAACAGAGCGGAUAUCAAGCAGUACUGUCGGCGCAGGUCACGCGAGUUACAGAAAUUCGAGUUCAAUGACGAUGCUCUGAAUGAGGUUUUGGAACGGAUAUGUAUCCAGGCAGAUGGCAUGUUUCUGUUUGCAACGCUCGUCAUGACCAACCUGGCAAGGCAGCCCAAUAGACGCACCUUUUAUAAGGAGAUUAGUGCCGAAUACCUCCCAACAGAACUGAAUCAGGCCUAUGAUCGGAUCAUGAAGCGCCUGAAGGAUAGAUUGAACGACAACCAGUGGGAAUACACUCGACUGUUGUUAGGUUGGCUGGUGUGCUCCAAGCGGCCGCUGAAAUGGAGAGAGGUCGAGGUUGCAUUUUCUAUCGACAUGAACACGUCGGAGAUAAGAACCGACCUUGACAUGGAUUUGACACUGCGAGAUGAUGCCCAAGAGCUGUGUGGAUCGCUGGUUCAGGUGCUGAAGGGAAACAGAGUUGAGCUCGUCCACAGCACUGCGAAAGAGUUCCUACGCCAGAGUGACAUAAAUCUAGGAGCAGCAGAAUGUGAUCUUACCGUCCGCUGCCUCCGAUACCUCACCCUGGACCUCUUCAGAAACGACACGCCAGACAGCGAACUUCGCCGCUACGCUAAGCGAGGCGACCUUGCUCUGCAAGACUACGCCAUCCCUGCGUGGUCUCUGCAUAUCCGCACACUAGUAGAGCGGGAGCACGAGUUCCUCGACGGAACCGUCACGUCUACGGACCGCAACGACACCUCGCCAGUGCACAAAAUCACCCAUGAGCUCGAGAGAUUCAUCCACUUUUACGCCGACAGCUUCCCCGAAACGGACUUCAACCAGCCGCACACAACCGACUGCGAGUUCUUCCAGCACUACCCCUUCUACGAGCACCUCGUCCGAAUCUGGGACCACAUCUGCACAGCACAACGCGGCGACCUCGAAUCCCGGAACAAAGUCAGCAUCACUAAACUCCGCGAAGCCCUCGAAAGAAACCGCAACCUCCUCGAAACCCUCAGCCAAGACCUCACCUUCAAAAAGUACUCCACCCUUUACGACGACUACCCCUUCCGCUGCCCGAAACUCACCUGCUUCUACUUCCAAGAGGGCUACCGCAGGGCCGAACAGCGCGAUAACCACGUAAACCACCACGAUAUGCCCUUCCAAUGCCGCGUGGAAACCUGCCACAAGUCCAUCUUCGGGUUUAAAUCCAACAACGAGCUCAACACGCACAUGAAGCGGUAUCACCCGGAGGAAGUGGACCUCGGCGAGUCGUUUACGAAUCUGGCGAGGCCGGAGGUUAAUCCGACGAGGUGGGAGUGUCCGGAGUGCCACAAGUUUUUUGUUCGCAGGAAUAUUCUCGAGGAUCAUACGCGCUCGCAUAGGGGCGAGAAACCGUUUUGCUGUGGGGAGUGUGGGAGGGGGUUUGCGCGCAGGUCGGAUAUGAAGAGGCAUGAGAAGAUUCAUGAGCGUAGGCGCGGGUAACUGAUUUCCCUAUAUAUAGCUGCACCUACUUAUGCUCCCGGGUUAGGCCUCAUAUUGGAUAUCUGGUGCGAGAAAUCCUCUUUCGAUAAAGUAUCAGUACGAAACCCGUCCGGUCCAUGCUUGCGUUUCUCUCUCUAGGAAUCUUCAAUUCUUCUACUUAAACUGGAAAUGCAAUAAAAUCUUGUUACCCAAGGACAGCAUGUUUCAAGGAUGAUAAUCACAUUAACAACUAGUCUCCCCAAAGACCUUAAGGGUUGCGAAUGCACCUACUCCAACCGGCCCCGGGGCCUAAAAUUGCAGUACAU